AUGGGUCUGUUACACACUGUCGUGUGCUACAUCAAUCCCUUGGGCUCCAUGCGUCAGUUUUCAGGGCCUCGGGCACCUCCGCCCACGUCGGUGUUGGCUCAUGUGUAUGGCAUGCAGAACCUCUACACUGGGUUCAUUCGGAUUCUAGCCGCCUAUAAUAUCGACAAUGCCCCUCUGUAUCACCUUGCGAUCUUGACCUACGUUGGAACGAUCUUCCUGAACGGCUCCGAAACAUUGAUCUGGAAAACUGCGAGGUUUUAUGAGACAAAAUAUGCUUACCUGCCUGCCUUGAUUGGCCUUGUUUGGCUGGUCGCCCAAAGGGAUUGGUAUCUGCCUUGA